AGCUGUCACGUGAUGUUAAAAUGGUGGACGUAAACUUUUGCAAGUUUCGAUAUACGAAUCAACAACAUUAAACAAAUGUAUCACACUUAGGGGGAAAGUUGUCAAAACUAUAGGAGAAAUGAAAUCCAUUGAAGCUAAAGUUGUAGUUUUAGGAUCUCAGGGUGUAGGCAAAACCAGUGUAGUUAUCAGAUAUGUGGGUGGUAUGUUCAGUAAAGCUGUUAGUCCAACCAUUGGUGCAUCAUUCUUUACAUAUAAGAUGACAUUAGACAACUAUAGGAUUAAGUUACAAGUUUGGGAUACAGCAGGCCAGGAGAGAUUCAGAUCUAUGGCACCAAUGUAUUACAGAAAAGCUAAUGCAGCCAUGCUGAUAUAUGAUAUGACAUCAGCUGAUAGUUUCUAUGAUAUUAAAGACUGGGUUAGUGAACUAAAGAAGAAUAUUGAUACACCUAUUGUGAUGUGUUUGGUUGGUAAUAAGAAUGAUCUUAGUGAUGUAAGAGAAGUCUCCACAGAAGAUGCUAUGGAAUAUGCCUCAUCUAUCGGUGCUUUGUAUUGUGAAACAUCGGCACUAAAAAAUACAGGAAUCGAUGAUGCAUUUUUACAAGUAGCACAACAGUUAAUAAAACUUUAUGAAACUUCACCAAACAGUGGACUUCAUACAAUAGACCUACAAGACAAUUCAUUAAGACCAACUAGUUCUUCCCCUGGGAUGAAAGUGGACUCUCCCAAAAAGCAGACGGCACAAUCUACUAAUUCAGGAGGGACAUGUGGUUGUUGAGUUUUUGUGUUUUGUGUUACAUGUAUAUUUAUAUAUAUGUAUAUAAGAGAAUAUAACUUUUUUUUCAGAUUUUUAUUUUUUAUAAGUAACCAUGUUUUUUCCUUUAUAUUUAGAGUUAAACCAUCUUUCACUGUUCAUCUUCUGUAGUUAUUAUUUAAUUUUAACAUGCAAAGGAUAAUAUUUUACCAUUAUACAAUACCAUUAUAGAUUCUUUUGAAUAAUUAUUGAUUUAAGACAGCAAUCUAAAGACACAAAUAACCAAAAGUUACAAGUGGUCAAUACACAGGUGUAUAGUCAAUAUAUAAAGCUAUAAACCAUCCAAUGUUAAAGAAAGUUAAUUCAGCAGGAAGUUUAAAAAUCCACAAUCAACACCAAAUUCCCCCCCCCCCCCC